AUCUCCUUCUUUAGUUAGUUCAUCAUACCAUUUAAUAAAAAAAAAAAAAGCCAGUCAAAACGGGUGUGCCAUUGUGGAUGCUGGUUUUGGGUGCGGAGCGGUUACGACUCGACAUGAACCGCUUGCUUGCGUUACUCUUCCACCAGGGAGUACUGGAUGAGCAGUUCUUACAGCUGCAACAACUCCAGGAUGAAGACUCUCCAAACUUCGUUUCAGAAGUUGUCAACAUUUACUUCCACGAGUCCGAGAAGCUCCUCCGGAAUCUCCGAGCGCUGUUGCUGGAUAGAGAAUUCUCGGACUACAAGAAAAUGGGGCUCCAUUUGAACCAGUUUAUGGGAAGCAGCUCCAGCAUUGGUGCUAAACGAAUACGAAAUGUUUGCGUCGCCUUUCGUGCUGCUUCUGAGCAGAACAACAGAGCUGGAUGUUUGAGAGCUUUGGAGGUGCUUGAACACGAGUACUGUUAUCUGAAGAACAAACUCCAUGAACUGUUCCAGAUAGAACAACAGAGAAUGCUAGCGGCUGGAGUCAGGUAUCCAAUGCACCACUGAAUCAAGCAAAAAUGAAAAAAAACAACCAGCUAAGCCCUGAACGUUGGGAAAUGGAAAGGCGGAAGAAAAAAAGGAUACCAGUCAAAUGGAUCACCUGGGGGCAUUUAAUGGUGUUUAGAUUUUAAGAAGGAAAGAGGGUUAUUUUCCUUUUUGAAUGAUCUUGUUUUUUGUAGUGUAAAUUUUUGGUGGUAGGAAGGAGGAAAAAAAAAAAUCAAGAAAAUGGAAGUGGCACAUCGUAUCGUACUUGCAAGGCAAGUUCUGAUCUUUGAUGAUCUGAUGGAUAAUAUCAAUAGUCU